AUGAAUACCACGCCGGGCACCGAGAAUGAAAAAAGGUACGAAAGGGACACAGGAUUUUAUCGAAAAAGGAAUGCUAAUGAGGACAAGGAGCACAGUGAUCAUAGCGAGUAUAGCGAUUCGUUUGUUGAGCAUCUAUUCAAUGUGAAUGGGAAAGGCCGUGGAGGGAGGAGGGGCAAGCUGUAUGGACAACACCCCCAGUUUGAAAAUGAGCAAGGGGACCGUAACUGUAACUGGUACGAUGCGGGAACCAAACCAAAUAUCGUGUCAGGUGAGGAGGAGCCAUACCCCGCACGGGAAGACGAAGAAGUGAUGAAGUACUACUCACUCGUGAAGAGCAACAAAAUGAACGAUGACAUUUUGCAGAGUCAAAUUGAUCACCUGCUAAACUUUAACAACAAAGUCGAGACGUAUGAAGAAAAACAGAAGAAGUUGUUCCUGGGUUCGGCCAACGAUGAGGAAAUCGAUCCGUGUCUCUACACCGGGGAGGACAACAAGGACGAGAAGGAUGACGAUGGUGCAGUUUUGUUUUCCCAAUUUUUGGAUGACCUAAGUAGGGUGAAAAAGUAUCACCUGAUAGAACGAACAGAUGACCUCCCCCCAAGCAGUGAUAAAAAAGGGAUGAGUCAACCUGAAGGAGGUAAUUCCAAUGUUCCAGGUGACGACCUGGGUGGAAGUGAAAUAACGCAAUCGCUUAACAGCACACAGAUCACCUUCAACGAAAAGAGACUCCUAAAUAUUUGCAACAUAAAUUUGAAUAACAUCCUUUAUUUUUACCUUUGCUGCAAUGAGGAGUAUGCUUCACUGUGUCUGGAGGGGGGAGGGAAACUUGUCUACACGUAUGAUUCGUAUUCCUUUGAUAGACCCGAGGGGGGAACAGACGUUUCCAGUAAUUCCUCGUCGGAGGGGACAUCCAGGUCGAGCUCCAUAAGUGACGAGGAGUUGCUGAUGCUGCGGUAUGAUAAUGCGGAGGGGAGUGACUACUCUGGGGAAUGUGAGGAGGACUACGAUGGGGAGGAAGAAAAUUGGUAUGGGGAUGACCCCUUGUUCAGGAAAAAAACGCAGAAGAGGAAGAAAAAAAGGAAUGCGAAGCGGAGCAGACACGGAGGGAAGGGAAUCACCUCCACUGAACCAACAAAAAUGAACAAAGAAGUAGAAUCGUUAAUGAACAAGGCGAACACCUACUAUAUUAGCCAAAAUUUCGAAGAAUGCAUAACCAUCCUAGAGAAGGUGAUUAAGUUGGCACCCAGCUUACACGACCCUUUUCAUCUCCUAGGUUUGAUACACGAAAGGGAAUACAAAAAUGUGAAGAAGGCAAUCAACUACUAUUUAAUUGCAGCGCAUCUGUCAAGGAAUGACUACCUAUCCUGGUAUAGCAUCAUUGAGUUGUGCAAAAUAGACAAACAGUAUAACCUCAUUUUGUACUGCCUCUUCAAGGUGCUACGGAUAUAUAGGAAAAAGAUUGCCAAGCGGGAGAAGAAGCGCAUUGGGGGGGGUGUCGACGGGGAAGACGAUUAUGAAGGGAAUCACCACCGUUCCAGUGUCGACCCUGGGGACACCUUCCCCAAGGAGGAUGACAUGCAUGAUGACCAUCUCGACCCGUCGAAGCAAAACGAACACACAAAGGUGACAAAAGAACAAAUAAGCGACCUGGAUGAUUUUUCAAAGCAUCUAUAUUUUAACAUAGCCUUUACGUACCUUCUGCUGGAGGACUACAAGAACGGGUUGAAGUGGCUGCUGCUGCUACGGAACGCCUGCGGAGGGGAAGUCGACCCCAUGGUGGACCUCUACGUGUGUGUCUGUCUGGUGGUGGUAAGAAACCCACAGGACAGUUACCACUUUUUAAAGCAUAUGUUUUUACGGGUGGUGAGGGGGAAGCGGGGGGGAGUAGCCUCAUCAGGGGAUAGGACACUCACCCGUUCUGAAAGCUGGUCUUACAAAGAAAAAUCCAUCGUCUGCUUCUUCAUGCAAAGUCAGAUCCUAAACGGAAAGUACGACGAAUGCAUUUUUGUGUACACCAUGCUGGGCAGGAUGAGUAACGAGCAAAUCCAUCUUGAUAUUUUCAUCCAGUUUGUGAAGUCCCUCCUGAUGAUCGGCAAUGUAGAUUAUGGUUACCUAAAUAAGUGUUACUUUUUGCAAGUCCUUUUGGGAAACUACGUCCUGUUCGAGGAUCUGAUCUUCCACCUUGGUGAGUCGUACUACUCUCGGGGCAUGUUCGACAGCGCCAUUUAUUUUUAUCGACUAAUCUACACCAACAGGAAGGGCGUCCUGUGCAGGGGUAACACUUCCACAGGGGAAGAGCGUUUCAGCCUAAAUAAUGCCCCCUCCCUAUGCACCCCCAACCAUGAUACACCAGUUAUCUACGACAACGGAGUGCACUUCCUCACCACGGUGUACAAGCUAGUGAAGUGCUACUACUACCUGGAGAAUUUCCACAAGGCAGAAAAAAUAAUCCUUAAAAUAUUAAACAACGAACAGUUAGAAAAGAACAACAUCGAAAUAGACAUAAAAACGCUCUACAUAGAUAUACUACACAAAACGAAGAGACACAACAAGGCGAUAAGUAUUCUCCUCACCAUUAAGCAGAAGAAGCUACGGUUCAUGUGUUCCAUUCCGAACCCCCUAAGUAACAAAGAGAGAGAAGUUCUUCUAUUGAAAAUUUUAAACAGAAAAAACAAACUUCUACUAUACCUCUCUCACAAUAGCUACAUCAUCCACAUGUUCUACAUAUAUCAGAAGAAGGACAGCGUUUUCUACAAGUACGAUAAUUUUUUGUCCAAGCGGGAUGUGAACGAUAUAAUUAAGCUGAGGGUUAACAUUUGCUUCUGUUACUUCUGCGUUAAGUAUAACUUUACUAUUUUGGGAUACCUCUACCUAUACAACAUUCUAAUUUUUCUAGGUUCCAAGGGGGGGGCAGAUAGUGCAAUGACUAACCGAUCUACCAACCGAGGAAACUGCAUGACGGGGGAAAGUCAGCGCAGAAAGAUCAAGGAACGUAUUCAGAACCUGCACACCUACAGGGAGUACGUAGUGUUCCUCGUCACUUCUUUUCACAUUUUCAAAAAUAGGAAGAAGCCGGAGAGCCUGGAAAUUGUGCACAAGGAUUUGAAGUUGGUUGGCACGGAGUUGUUCUACAAGGAGGUGCUCAUCUUCGACGUGAAACAGAUGCUGGACCAGGGGGACGAGGCGAACGGAUCGGUGAACACAGACACGAAUUGCUAUCCAAGCAGGGAUCAUCUUGGCGCUAAGGCGCAACUCCGCAGGCACCUACAGCGGUACACGCAGGGCGUAGAGUCCGAAAUAUUUAACAGCAAAAUAAUGGUAAAGUUUUACAAGUUCAGUUACAGCUUCUUCUACCUCCUGUACGAGAUCGAGCAGGACUUCAAACGCAUACACACCGCCAUGGAGAAGGAAAUUAUAAACUUCAAAAGAAGGGGAAAAGACGUGAAGGUGGGGGAGGCGGAUCCGGAGACGGUCGGAUGGCGGUCUCUGUUCCUGCCGCCCGGGAAUAGCAACUUGUACAGUGAGGGUAGUGAGCUGCCCAGUUUCUCCCCCAUCAGGCAAGUUGCAUCGUUUCGCCAAGUGGUGGAUCCCACCCUCCCCCAAGAAGAUCCCACAAGGGGGAUAACACAAUCUGCGGGGGAGCGUGCAAAGCGAAGCAAGCGGUUCUCCUUCCUCGUGACGAAGAAAAAAAUGAACUUUUUUACGUUCGAAAAUUAUUUGGGUCUAUAUUUCAGUUUGCUCUUCCUUGAGGAGUGCUUCUUCAUCGUGACGACGAUGAACAUGUAUGAGGACGCCAUACAUAUUCUGAGCAUAUAUCUGAAAAAUAGAAAGUCGAGCAAAAUGAAGUUCCUCACGUAUAUGAAGUCGGUGAAGAAGGAGUUCCAGAAGCAUCGAAUCAGCAACCACUUCAAUAACAUAGAACUUUAUUUCUUUAACAAUGCCUACUCCAGUGCCAUAAAGGAAGAAAUGCGAAGUGAGUACAACAACUUCCGCAAGAUGAAUGAGCACGUCGAUUGUAAGUAUUUCCUUUUCCGUAUUAAUCUCCUCUUAAAUAGGUUGUACAUAUCAAGUGGGAACUUUGAAAAGCAGAUAAAAUGCCUUAACGAUGUAUACAUUUUUAAGCGAAAAGAAAAAGAUGAAUACAAGGUACUAAAGUAUUACAGUGACAUUGUCUUGACGGGAACCUUCUGCCAAAAUUACUUAUCGUCCAUUUCAAAGUCUAGGUACAAGAACAUUCUAAUUACCUUUCGACUUUUCCUAGUUAGGACUUUACAUAGUAAAAAUAGCAACCCCUUUCUGAUCUACCUGAUCGGAAAUGUGUGCAACCUUUCCUGCAUGAUUGUUAACUCGGUGCAUGAGUACACACGCGCGUAUGCCUUUCUGCUCAAAGGCAGGAAGGCCAACCGGCAGCGCCUACUGGAGUGGAAGGGGGGCGUAAAAGGGGUGAAGCAAAUCAAGGGGGUAAAGACGGAUGGUCAGGAGGACCAACUGACGGACUCGCAGGAGAACUCCCAACCGGAUGAUGAAUCUGGUGACCAACUGAGUGAUCAGUCCGGUCAACGUAGUGAUCAGUCAAUCCAACGGAGUGAUGACCCCACGGACGAGCUCGAGGAGGAGCACUUCCUGUUCACGAAACUGAAGCUGUGCGCGGAGGGCAGGAAGCAAAACCAAGUGGAGGACAACUUCGAAACCGUGGCAGACGACCUGAACUUCCUUUUCAGCCUCAUGACGUCCUACUUCAACUACGCCAGUGGCUACCGAGUGCAGAACAGGGAGUCGGUCCUCAUGACAUCCUUCUGCCUCCUAAACGAUUACAUAACCAAGAGGUACCAGCAGAAGGUUCUGGAUAAAAAAAAAAAGUACCAAAAGUAUUCUCUCUUUUAUAAGCCAUACAAGUAUAUUUACAUCGCCGAAAUUUUGUACAACUUAGGGAGGGCGCUGCAUCAGCUGUCCUACUUCUCCGAAUGCAUGAAACUCUACCUAAGCGUCAUCCGUUUAGUACAACGGGCUGACAAAGAAAUGAAAAAAAUCUGCUCCACCAACAGGUUAAAUCUUAGCAGGAAAUUUAUUUACGAACACGUGAUCAACAUGAACCGUUGCAUGUGCUACACGUGUCUCUACUUUGGCCACAAGGGACAAGCCACCCCGCUGCAUAACCUCGCCAACUAUUUCAGCAACCUAAACACCAAGUACUCCAACUUGUUUCUCCUUUUCUUCGACAAACGCCACCUGCUCUUCUCGGCCUCCUACAAUUUGGGCGUCAUUUUUAAGAAACUCAACAGGUUCGAGCAGGCCAAGUACGUGCAGCGCAACAUCGUCUGGGAUUGA